UGUUGCACCGCCGGAACUGGGGGAGUGCGGUGGCCGGAGGAGGCUGGUGUGAAGGUGUUAAGUUCUCUUCUGGAGUGAUCAGGACGUUCGCCGAGGUAGUGGCACGAGGCCUUUGCGGACUUUGGCGCAGCCUGCACCUGCGGCUAACACCCGGCGGGAAAAAGCCGGCCUCCAGUAUGCGACCUAGUGCUAGAGUGGAUCUAACAUGCACGAUAUUGUAAACUUCCUGAACUUUGAUACUGAAAGUGAAAAAGAGGGAAUGGAUUCAAGAUAAAUUUAGGAAAUAAAAUCACAAGGAUUUGGUGACUUUCUAAAUGAGGAGAAUAACAGUUCAGAGGGUCAGCAUGUUCUCCAACUUGAGGAAGUUUGGAGUAAAUCAUAAGAAGAUAUCCAUCCUGCAUGUUAAUAAUAUGUGUUGCUGUAAAAUAAAAGCAAGUUUAAAAAGAUUAAAGCCAUAUGUGCCUCUUGGAAGAAGCUACAGUUCUCUACCAGGUUUAGUUGGAAAUGAUAUCAAAUCGCUUCAUUCCGUCAUCAGUCCUCCCAUAGCUAAAAUCCGUAAUAUUGGAAUUAUGGCUCAUAUUGAUGCAGGCAAAACUACCACCACAGAAAGAAUAUUGUACUAUUCUGGAUACACAAGAUCACUGGGAGAUGUUGAUGAUGGAGACACGGUGACAGAUUUCAUGGCUCAAGAGCGAGAAAGAGGCAUUACUAUUCAGUCUGCUGCUGUUACAUUCGACUGGAAGGGAUAUAGAGUCAAUCUAAUUGAUACGCCAGGUCAUGUGGACUUUACGUUGGAGGUUGAGCGCUGCCUUAGAGUGUUGGAUGGUGCAGUAGCUGUGUUUGAUGCCUCUGCUGGUGUAGAGGCACAAACUCUCACAGUAUGGAGGCAAGCUGAUAAACACAAGAUACCUCGAAUCUGCUUUUUAAACAAAAUGGACAAAACUGGAGCAAGUUUUAAAUAUGCAGUUGAAAGCAUCAGAGAGAAAUUGAAGGCAAAGCCUUUGCUUCUACAGUUACCACUUGGUGAAGGCAAAGCUUUCAAAGGAGUUGUGGAUGUUGUAAGUAAAGAAAAACUUCUUUGGAAUCGUCCAUCAGAGGAUGGAAAAGACUUUGAGAGGAAAUCCCUUUUGGAAACGAGUGAUGCUGAGUUGCUGAAGGAGACAACUGAAGCAAGGAAUGACUUAAUUGAACAGAUUGCAGAUUUGGAUGAUGAAUUUGCUGACUUGGUUUUAGGAGAAUUCAGUGAAAAUUUUGAUUUGCUUCCAACUGAAAAGCUACAGGCUGCAAUACACAGAGUAACACUGGCUCAGACAGCAGUUCCUGUGCUUUGUGGAAGUGCCCUGAAAAACAAAGGGGUUCAGCCCUUGUUAGAUGCUAUUACUAUGUACUUGCCUUCACCUGAAGAGCGCAAGUAUGAAUUUCUGCAGUGGUAUAAGGGUGACUUAUGUGCCCUAGCAUUUAAAGUUCUUCAUGACAAGCAGCGGGGACCACUGGUGUUUAUGCGCAUUUACUCAGGCAUGAUAAAACCCCAGUCAGCCAUCUAUAAUAUUAAUGGAAACUGCACGGAGAGAGUAAGUCGUCUUCUUCUGCCAUUUGCUGACCAACAUAUAGAAAUCCCUUCACUGACUGCUGGUAACAUUGCUUUGACUGUCGGCCUUAAACAUACGGCCACUGGGGACACCAUUGCCUCGUCCAAGUCCAGUGCAUUAGCUGCAGCUCGUCGAGCCGGAAGGGAGGGGGAAAAGCAGCACAGACAAAACAAUGAAGCAGAGAGACUUUUACUGGCUGGAGUGGAGAUUCCAGAACCUGUUUUCUUCUGUACCAUAGAGCCCCCUUCAGUGGCUAGGCAGCCAGAUUUGGAUUAUGCACUGAAAUGCCUUCAGCGUGAAGAUCCCAGUUUGAAAGUAAAGCAGGAUCCUGAUUCUGGACAGACUGUUCUCUGUGGUAUGGGGGAGUUACAUAUUGAGAUUAUUCAUGACCGAAUCAAGAGGGAAUAUGGACUGGAAACCUACCUAGGGCCUCUCCAGGUGGCAUACCGAGAGACCAUCCUAAAUGCAGUUCGUGCCACAGAUACCUUAGAUAGAACUUUAGGAGACAAACGGCAUCUUGUGACCGUAGAUCUGGAAGUAAAACCAACUGAAAAACCCUCUGUUACGCCAGUUAUCAAGUAUGCUCCAAGUGUUAGUGAAGACCUUCCAAAGGUCUCUCAAGAGGCCAUUGAAAAUGGAAUUCACAGUGCAUGCCUCCAAGGACCAUUGCUUGGAUCCCCAAUUCAGGAUGUGGCGAUUACUUUACAUUCCCUGAUAAUUCAUCCUGGUACCUCCACAACGAUGAUUUCUGCCUGUGUCUCGAGAUGUAUCCAAAAGGCUCUGAAGAAAGCUGAUAAGCAAGUUUUAGAGCCCCUGAUGAAUCUCGAGGUGACAGUGAUGGGAGAUUACCUCAGCCCUGUCCUGGCAGAUCUGGCACAAAGAAGAGGAACCAUUCAGGAAAUCCAGACUCGUCAGGAAAACAAAAUUGUUAUUGGAUUUGUUCCUUUAGCAGAAAUUAUGGGUUAUUCAACUGUGCUUCGAACGCUUACCUCUGGCUCAGCUACUUUUGCCUUAGAACUCUGUAACUAUCAAGCCAUGAACCCUCAAGACCAGGCGACACUGCUGGGCCGGAGAAGUGGCUUGAACCAAGUGCUGUAGGUCUUUGGAGACAACCUCAUGGGCACCUACAACUGCAUUUUCAGAAAUUUUGUAAAAUCUGGUAUAUAAUAAAGCUGGAAAAAGAAGAACUAUUCUUCAGGAAGAAGGUCUGAGAGCCUAAAGCUCGACCAUUCCUCCUACCACCCCCACCCCAUGGAUGCAGACCCAAGGACCAACUGGACUAUAGUUUUCCUUGUGCCUUACAAUGGAAAGGCCCAUCAAAAGAGGAAACAAGGAUGGGGCGCCUGGGUGGCUCAGUGGGUUAAGCCUCUGCCUUUGGCUCAGGUCAUGAUCUCAGGGUCCUGGGAUCGGGCCCCGCAUCAGGCUCUCUGCUCAGCAGUGAGCCUGCUUCCCCCUCUCUCUGCCUACUUGUGAUCUCUUUCUCUGUCAAAUAAAUAAAAUCUUAAAAAAAAAAAAAAAAAGAUAAAGUUAAUGCAAUCAAGAGUCUUUAAAAUGUAGGGUGAGGAACAGUGCUCAUCACCAGUGGAAACAGAAAAAACCCAAAGAAAUCUACUUUUGAAGUUGUGGUUUCUUUCAUGAAGUUUAAAAUGUACUGGGGCCUUUCUUUUUAAGUAAACAAAAGUGAGGAUAGUGAAUCAGUAAUAUCCUGGUGGGAGAUUAGACAAGAAAAGGAACAAACCAAGGUAAUGACAGGUGCUUCACUUACCAUCAAAAUCAAGAGGGUCCACUUUAUAGAACUUUCUCCAAUCUUGUCCGUAACUAAUCCAAUCUAAGUACCAAGGAGCAGAAAGGAUCAUAGGGAAGCCAGCUGCUGUGACUUGAGCUUGUUUUUCAGGAUACAUUUCCUGUUUCCAUACUUGAACAAUUGUGCCUGGCUUAAGCUAUUAAAGUUAAAAACAGUAUGUAUAAUGAGAUCCAACAAUUAAAAAUGACAUUAAAAGUUGAAGCCAUUAUAGUUAGGAAAACAAUUCCCUAAGAUUCUUCAAAAAACACACAUUUUUCCUCUUCAGAUUUAGUACUAAAUGUUACUGGUUACUAGCCCUUCUGGAAAGAUAAUACUGGAUUUGAAAUUGUCAUUUAACUGAUGGAAAAUAAAAUCUUUAAAAAAAAAAAUUUAAAUUGUCAAUUUAUAUGCUUUUUAUUUAUUUGAGGGAGAAUGAGUGAAAGAGAACAUGAGAGAGGAGAAGGUCAGAGGGAGAAGCAGACUCCCCAAGGAGCUGGAGCCUGAUGAGGGACUCGAUCCUGGAAGUCCGGAUCAUGACCUGAGCCGAAGGCAGUCGUUCAACCAACUGAGCCACCCAGGCGCCCUAAAUUGACAAUUUAAAACUACCUUUAUACCAAUAAAGACUCAUUCAUUCUU